AUGGCAGGGCUAUUUCGGCUACGUCGGUCGCGACGCAAUAUCCCGGUCGAUCCCAGCGAGGUGUCGUUCGCAGGGAAGACGGUGCUUCUGACUGGAGCAACAUCCGGACUGGGAUUCGAGGCAGCUGUCAAGCUCCUCAGCCUGGGCGUGGACUCACUCAUCAUAGGCAGUCGUAACCUGCAAAAAGGCCAAGCGACCAAGGCGGAGCUUGAACGACGCACCGAUAGACCGGGUGUGGUGCAAGUGUGGCAGCUGGAGAUGAACAGCUUCCAGAGCGUCAAGAGCUUCGCCGAGCGUGUGAACAACGAAGUGGACCAGUUGGAUAUUGUAAUCCUCAACGCGGGUCUAUGGAAUCGAGACUACACUGUAUCGCCGGAAGGAUGGGAGGAGACGCUGCAGGUCAACACUCUCUCGACAUCCCUACUGGCAUUCCUCCUCCUCCCCAAGCUGAGACGCAGUUCGACACCGACGCAGCCAACACAUCUUACAGUGGUCUCCAGCCAACAGUUCGUUCGGGUCAAGGCGCAGAGCCUCCGAACGGAAGAGCCGUUACUCAAGCAUCUGAACGAUCCCCGCAUUUUCAUAGGCCGCCGGCAGUACGGGAUCUCCAAGCUUUUGCUCGAGUAUAUGCUCAAGAUGGCUGCCGGUAUGGUUCGCCAGGAAGACGGGACGGUGCCCGUGAUCAUCAACUCCGUAAGUCCCGGGUUUUGUGCCUCGUCACUCGGGCGGCAGUAUCGUAGAUUUUACGAGCGAUGGCUGUCUUGGCUGGCGUAUAAACUCUUUGCGCGCACAGCUGAGCAAGGCAGCCGAUCGCUGGUGAGUGCCACUUACCAAGGGGUGGAGUCUCAUGGGAAGUGUUGGAGAAACGAUGGUUAUCUAGACGAAUCGAUCGCGUUGACAACGGGAGCGGAAGGACAGCAGUUUCAGAACAUUGCUUGGAACGAGAUCGCGUCUAUUUUGAAUGAACAGAAGGAGGGGCUGGAGCAGUUGGUCGGAGGUUCGUGA